AUUUCAUUCAUAGAUAUAUAGUGCCAGUAAAACAGAAAUAGCAUGUUUUGGAAUCUACUCGCAAUUGCUCUGCUACCAGCGUUGGUCUCAGCUGGUGACGUGGUAGCAACGAGGGCGUGUUCAAACAAUCGUCCAACUCCUCUUGAAGUACGAGUUGACAACUGUCCAUCGUUUCCCUGUGAACUCCCCCGCGGUAUCGAUGCCAACAUGGAGAUGGACUACCAAGCUCCGUUUGAUGCUGUUACGCUAACUACCAGGAUUAUGGCGACGGUUCUUGGGACUACCGUUCCAUUUGAACUUCCGGCUGAUCGUGCUCGGGCCUGUGACUGGCUGAUCGGCAGCCAAUGUCCAGUUAGUGAGGGUGAAGACGUGACUUACAACUUGCAGAUGCCAGUGCUGCGAAUCUAUCCGCGCGUUAGCUUGGUGAUUGAAGUCAGUUUGGUCAACGAAGAAGAACGAACGCUGGCCUGCUUCGAAUUGGACGCCCGAGUGGUUUAAUUGCUAUAAGAUUUAAUGUACCAUCUUAUUUAUUAUUAAGUGCAUGUAGAAAAGUAACUCAGUCAUAUACGUAAAAAAUCAA